UUUAGAGCAUCUCGUCUUUACCUCACAUCCGCGGCACAAAAUAUUGGAUUAUCUAUAUUUUGAUGGUGGUUUUAUCAUAUAGCAUGUCUGUGGAUGUGAUCAUCCCAAAAGGCGGUGCUUCCCCAAUGCACUUCGACAGAUGUAACAAAUAAUUAAUCUUUAAGGAGUUUCCAAGAAUAAUUUACUGAGUAUUAUUAUGAAUGUUCAUUCAUUCAUAAAAUAACUUAAAUAAGCAAUAAAAAACAUGACGAAUAAUGUGGAACAUUCAUAAAGUAAGCUGAGUGAAAACAAUUGCCUUGAAUCUUUACGAAAAUUUGGGCCAAAUGUUUUAGUAAAGUGAAAUCUGAUAUCAGGAUUAAUCAUUUUCGUGGCUUCAUUUGAAAGUUGCUAUCUUCUGAUCGAGAGUUAUAUUCUAGAGGAUAUCGUCAUGUGUGAGACGGCGAACUGCACUGACGCAGAUGAACCCAUAGUGUACCAGAACUACUCAGAGAGAAUCAUCUACGCCACGGUCACCGGCUUGAUCUCCAUCUCUGGUGCCUUCGGGAACACCUUGGUCAUACUUGCGGUGUUCAUCAGCAAGAAACUACGGAACAAAACCAACACCUUCGUCGUCAACCUCGCCAUCGCAGACUUGAUAAGCUGCCUGAACCUUCCCUGGACAGCCCUGGCACUGCUUUGUGAGGACGAGUGGCCUUUGCCAGACUGGAUCUGCAUGUGGGAAGGUAUGAUCCUGAUGGUCAGCACCGGUUGUAGUCUGUACACUCUUGGUGGCAUCGCGCUAAGCCGGGCUUGCCUGAUUACAUUGCCGAACCAUCGGUACCAUGAGAUCCUGACCCCCAAAACUCUCUUUGGCCUCAUUAUGAUUUUCUGGUUGAUACCAGUGACGACAUCCAUCGUUCCGUACAUCGUUUCAGACAGCUUCUUCGGCUUCAAUGAGCGGUACAGCAUGUGCAUCUGGAACACUACGCAUCCCUUCUCGCCCUAUUACAACUUGAUACUUGCCAUUACCUUCUACCCCGUCCCACUCUUUAUCAUCUUCUUUAGCUAUUUCCGCAUCUGGCGCCAUGUUCGUACUAAUUCUCGUCGCAUGGCCCGGGUCACCACCAGGAUCGUCACUGUCUCUGGGCAGUUGGCCGGCCUGGCCAGGAAGAGCACAUUCAGCAAGAGGCAGAUGUCUGUCACAAAGAACCUUUUCAUCAUCAUCGUUGUCUUUCUCAUCUUGAUAUCACCCUACAGCAUCCAGUUGGUCAUACCAGGAGGCGAGAGAUUGGUUCCUGCCUUCGGGAUGAUCUUCCUGUUCAAUUCCUGUGUUAAUCCGUUCAUUUACGGAACACGCCACCCAGACUUCAAGGUUGCCUUCAGAAGCAUCUUGCGAUGUCCCGUGAGGUCAAACCAGUUGAUGGAUUCGACAGCUUCGGCCGGUUUGCGUGUUCAGCCUUUGAUAAGGAGACCAGCCCAAAGAGAUACUGAAUUCAUUGCUCCGAAUUCGACAAGCUCUUCAGAAUCAUAGUAAUGAAGUUCGGUGGCCUAAAUGCAGGUGAUAUUGGAGACACGAAUUGCUAUGUCAUGCAAAUCAGAACAUAAUAUUGACGAGGAAUAAUUAGUGGCAACUGCGUUAAACUGAGU